AUGAUCGACCACGUCCUGGGCCGGCCGUCGACCAAGUCCCGACGCCUCCAGGUCCUCGCCGUGCUCUCCCUCUGGGGCCUCUACCUCCACCACGGCAGUCACCACGGCCCUCCCGGCGUCCGGCGCCUCUCCCGGCUCCUCAGCGCGCGCCUGACCGCCUGGCAAGUCUUCGUCCUCACCGUCACCUCCCUCUACGCCGCGCGCAACUUCUCCGCGCUCGUCGGCCUCGCCAGCCCGGAGCCCAUGGCCAACAUGUACGACGCCACCUACUUCCGCGCCACCUGGGUGCUCACAGCCAUGGACGCGGGCUUCUGGACCGCCAUGCGCAUCCGCAACCGCUGGGCGCGCGACCUCGCCAGCGUCGUCUUCUCCGUCUUCUACCUCUUCGCCGCGGAGCGCGCUGACGAGAAGGUCAGAAAGGUCCGCGGGACCAUCACCGUGGAGCACAUGCGCGUCGCGUGGAACAAGGGCACCACGCCGUACCUGCGCGUGCUGCAGAGCCUGAUGCGGCCGCGCUUCACCAAGUGGCCGCCGCGGCAGGUGCGCAUCCCGCGGCCGCAGGGCAGCGACUACCGCGAGCCCGUCUCGGCGUGGUUGUACUUUGACGGCCCGCUGGCAGACCUGGCGAGGCACGACCGGGUGGUCCUGGACGUGCCCGGCGGCGGCUUCGUGGCCAUGGACCCGCGCUGCAACGACGACAAGCUGUUUGCCUGGGCGGCCAAGUCGGGCCUGCCCGUGCUCAGCCUCGACUACAAGAAGGCGCCCGAGUUUCCGUACCCGUACGCGCUCAAUGAGGUGUUUGACGUCUAUGCCACGCUGGUCCGCACGCGCGGCCGGUGCAUCGGCAUGGGCGGGGACGUGGUGCCUCGCAUCGUGGUGACGGGCGACAGCGCCGGCGGCAAUCUGGUCGUGGCGGCAACGCUCAUGAUCCUCGAGACGUCAUCCGCCGGCGCCACCGGUGCCCCGUUGCCGCCCCCGGACGGCGUCGUCUGCUUCUACCCAGCGCUCGACAUGAACAUUGGCAACUGGAUGACGGACGAGCAGAUGUCGCUGAUCCGCGACCGCAAGUUCCGCAAGACGAACCGCGCCAUCGUGCGCCGCAAGAGCCGGCAGUACACCGACGUGGUCGGCACGCCGUACCACUCCGAGGACGAGGACGAGGCGUCCCCGCGGGACACCUCCGAGUAUGCCAGCACCAGCAACACCCCUCCACCGCUGCCGACAGAUGGGCUCGAGGCAUCGCGGCCCGAGUUCUCACACAGCGGCCCGCAGACGCUCAGCGCAGCCGCGGCAGCGCCGCCGGCCAAGACGACCGCCUCCUCGCACCGCCCGGAGCCGAUGAAGACGCGGCUCGCCACGUCGUCGAUGAUCUCGUACGUCAACGACCGCGUGCUCACGCCCGAGAUGAUGCGCGCCAUGAUCAUCCUGUACAUCGGCGAGCACAACCGUCCCGACUUUGCGCGCGACUACCUGCUCAGCCCCGUGCUCGCGCCCGAGGCGCUGCUCGCGCGCUUCCCCAAGACGUACUUGAUGACCGGCGAGCGCGACCCGCUGGUGGACGACACGGUCAUCUUUGCCGGUCGUCUGCGGCGGGCCAAAGAAGCGGCUGCGGUUGCGCGUUCCGGGGAGGAGGAGGAGGAGGGGGAUGCGGGCCCGGAGGUGGUGCUGAUACCGGGCGCGUCGCACGGGUUCAUGCAGUUCCCGGGCAUAUACCCGCCGUCGUGGCGGCACUUUGCGCGCAGCGCGGAGUGGUUCGAGCACCUGUUUGGGGAGGCGGAGGCGGCGAGGCGGAAGAGGCAGCGGGCAAGGACGAGGCGAGCGGAGGCGGAGGAGGCGGAUGCACGGAGGAGGAUGGCGGCGGAGUCGAGCGGGGAUGAGGAGAGGCCGUUGGAGAUUGGCAUGACGAGGCUGACGAGGGGACGGAGCGGGACGGUGGCGACGCCGGAGGGCAAGAAGGAGGUGAACGGGGGGCAGGGGGACGGGCAAGGGGAUGAAGAGGAGGAGGAGGACCAGAGGCCGAGGCGGAGGAUGAAGCAGAACAAGAGCUUGCUGAAGCUCAAGAGCACGGAUGACUUGCUGGGGCGGCGGAUGGCGGGAGUGGCGAGCGGGUUGACAGGGACAGGCGAGGAGGAUUGA